GCCCCCUCUAUGAGGCAGAGGCCGCGGCGGCCGUUAGCGCUGUCGCUCCGGGGGCCGCGGCGGGCGGGGCUCCGGCGGGGCCCGGCCUAGUCCCCACCCAGCCCGGCUCCUAGCCGCCCGCCCUCCCUCCCUUCGCCACCCCGAUGCAGGGGGCCGAGCUCCGGGACGGCGAGGCGGCGGCGGCGGCCGCUUCGUACCGGGUCCUGAGCCGCCUCCUCGGCUAUGGAGAGGCCGCCCCCGAGCCAGGCCCGCCGCCGCCGCCGCCGCCCCCGGGCCACAGCCAUGGCCCGUCGCCGCCACCACCCUUCCUCGCGCGGCCCGGCUCGCGGGGCGCCCGGCCGCCUCAGCUGAUGGUGUUCCGCAACGUGGGGCGGCCGCCGGAGGAGGAGGACGCGGAGGCGGCCCGGGAGCCGGGACCCUCGGAACUGCUGUGUCCCCGGCACCGCUGCGCGCUGGAUCCCAAGGCCCUCCCGCCGGGCUUGGCGCUCGAGCGGACCUGGGGUCCCGUGGCUGGACUAGAGGCGCAGCUGGCGGCCCUGGGGCUCGGACAGCCGGCGGGGCCGGGGAUCAAGACUGCCGGCGGAGGCUGCUGUCCGUGCCCGUGUCCCCCGCAGCCGCCGCCGCCGCAACCCCCGCCGCCUGCUGCCGCCCCGCAGGCCGGGGAGGACCCGACGGAGACGAGCGACGCGCUGCUGGUCCUGGAGGGCUUGGAAUCGGAGGCCGAGAGCCUGGAGACUAACAGCUGCUCGGAAGAGGAGCUCAGCAGCCCCGGCCGUGGAGGAGGAGGAGUGGGUGGCCGGCUGCUUCUGCAGCCUCCGGGUCCCGAACUACCCCCGGUGCCCUUUCCGCUGCAGGACUUGGUCCCUCCAGGGCGCUUGAGCCGAGGGGAGCAGCAGCAGCAGCAACCUCCCCCACCGCCGCCGCCUCCCGGGCCCCUCCGGCCUCUCGCAGGCCCUUCUCGGAAGGGCUCCUUCAAAAUCCGCCUCAGUCGCCUGUUUCGCACGAAGAGCUGUAACGGCGGCUCGGGCGGCGGGGAUGGGACCGGCAAGAGGCCUUCGGGAGAUCUGGCAGCUUCAGCUGCGAGCCUGACCGACAUGGGAGGCUCAGCGGUCCGGGAGCUGGAUACGGGGAGGAAACCCAGGUUGACAAGAACUCAAAGUGCCUUUUCCCCGGUCUCCUUCAGCCCCCUGUUCACAGGUGAGACAGUAUCGCUUGUGGACGUGGACAUUUCUCAGCGGGGCCUGACCUCUCCACACCCUCCAACUCCCCCUCCUCCUCCAAGAAGAAGCCUCAGCCUCCUAGAUGAUAUCAGUGGGACGCUGCCUACAUCUGUCCUUGUGGCUCCGAUGGGGUCUUCCUUGCAGUCUUUCCCCCUACCUCCGCCUCCUCCACCCCACGCCCCAGAUGCGUUUCCCCGAAUUGCUCCCAUCAGAGCGUCAGAAUCCCUGCACAGCCAGCCCCCUCAGCACCUCCAGUGUCCCCUCUAUCGGCCCGACUCAAGCAGCUUUGCAGCCAGCCUUCGAGAGCUGGAAAAGUGCGGCUGGUACUGGGGACCUAUGAAUUGGGAAGAUGCAGAGAUGAAACUGAAGGGGAAGCCAGAUGGUUCUUUCCUGGUACGAGACAGCUCUGAUCCUCGUUACAUCCUGAGCCUCAGCUUUCGAUCACAGGGUAUCACCCAUCACACUAGAAUGGAGCACUAUAGAGGGACUUUCAGCUUAUGGUGCCAUCCCAAGUUUGAGGAUCGCUGUCAGUCGGUGGUGGAGUUCAUUAAGAGAGCCAUCAUGCACUCCAAGAACGGGAAAUUUCUCUAUUUCCUGAGAUCCAGGGUCCCAGGACUGCCACCAACUCCAGUACAGCUGCUCUAUCCAGUGUCCAGAUUCAGCAAUGUCAAGUCCCUCCAGCAUCUUUGCAGAUUCCGGAUCCGGCAGCUUGUCCGAAUAGACCAUAUUCCGGAUCUGCCACUGCCUAAACCUCUGAUCUCUUACAUUCGAAAGUUCUACUACUAUGAUCCUCAGGAAGAGGUGUACCUGUCCCUAAAGGAAGCGCAGCUCAUUUCCAAACAGAAACAAGAGGUGGAGCCUUCCACGUAGCAGCAAGGACCCCUGCUGUUGAACAUGAAGGCAUUUGAUCGCCAGGCUCCAGCUUGAAGAACCAAAUGAGGCUACCACAAAAGAAGAAUCUGGCAGAAAGAGAAGAGCGGGUUGUGAUUCCUGGCACAGACUUUGGUUCCCCUGUAGCCCUGGGGCUUGGAAGAAGCACACAACCAUCCUCCAAGUGGGGCUCCCCACUCCCCAACCCAUGAACCCCAGGGCCAGAUGAGCUCCUUGGAAAACUGGAAGAAGUCUUAACACUGUUUGUUUUCAGAAGUUAGCUUUUAGUAUUUACAUUUCUCGGUGGAAGGCAGCGGGGGUCUAUACCCAUUGAAUUGAAGGUGGUGAUGGGGAUGAGCAGGUCAAGGGAAGGGUGGGGCGAGGAAGCCUGGUUGUUCAGCUGGUGCCAAAGGCAGCACUGAAGUCUCUUCCGUGAACCUGGAGGGAGGGCGGGCGAGCCAGAGAGGUGCAAGAAUGAGAUGGGAGGUUUCUGGGAAAGGCAUCUGAUUCUCAUCUCCUGCUCCAACCGGCGAGGGAGGGGCGGGGAGAGAGGGUGGUGAGUGACAGAGGAACUGUUCGCUCAUUCUGUUUGCUGGGGAAGAGCUCAAUCCCACUCCUUCCCUUUCAAGGUUUACAGACCUGAUUGCAGAAUCGCCUCUCAUGGAAUUGGUGUGCAUUUUGUUGACUAAAUUCCUUAAGCUCAGUGACCUGAGGCAAACCCAGUUCUCCCUGCCCUCAGCCCCUUCCCCUCAGUAACUGUGGAUUUCACUUUGGUCAAACCAACGCUCCUCUUGCUCUGCCAGCUGUGCAGGCAGUGGUGUGUCCAUCCCCGUUCCCCCCCCCCCCACCCGUGGGCAGUUCAGAGCUCCAAUCCUGGGCUGCCAGGGCUUUACCCCAACUGUCAGCAACCCCAUGCCUGGAGCAUGCUUCCAGAUUCUUUGUGGCAAAGCGUAUCCACAGCUAAGGAGUCAGUGUUACCCCGCCCGCCCGCCUGUCAGCUAGUGAGCGGAAGUGUGGAGGAAGUGAGAAACAGCUAUCAUGCUCCUAGAGGAGCCUGCGCGGCUCAGCCUUAACGGGAUUUCUGUAGUGCAGAAAAGGCAUGGCGUCUCAUGGCCAUAGGCUUAUCAGUGUUGUCAUCCCACCCCUGAGAUGGAGGUGGCAAGGGCUUCUUCAUUUCCCCAUGUUCAUUCUUGCAACCCGGACAUUUCCUGAGUCAGACCCUGUUGCCUUUCCUCACUGGGAACCUGUCAGAUGCUAGUUUGCCUUUCAGAUGGAUGUGGAGGGAGGGAAGAACUUCGGUGCUUGAGUAGUCUUUGUGUCACAUAAGUUUGCUGUCCUACAGAACUACUCAAGAUGGACAGUGGGGUUGUUGGGUUCAUUACUCUUAACCCUGUAGUAUUUCAUGUGAUGGCCUUUUGAGUUCCCCCUGCUUGUGUCUGCCUCAGGUGACAAAGUAAAUAUCGUCAGUCUUGGGUUUCCUGAUGGUGGGGUGAAGCCCUGUGUCUAGGUAACUUAGAGAACUGUCUUAUCUGGAAAGUGGCCUGUGGGUUCCCUCUGUGCGUGGAGUCACCUUCCUCCUCCUUGAACUAAACACAGAGAUGUGUUUUCUCAGCCGACUAUAAAGAACGGAGCCCCAAAAGGAACAGUUAUGUGUCAGUCCAUUUCACUGUUAACAUAGCUCAUGGUCAUCCUAAGGUCAGGAUUCAGAGACUGGCGUACCUGUCAGCUCUGCCUCUGGAGGGUGCAGGCCACUUGCCAUCUUGUAGAAAGGGCCGUGUGUAAUGGAGUCCAACGUCCAGAGUCAUAGAGGUCUUCACGGGAUUAAUAUUUGCAGUCCAGAGAUCGUUUCUCCCAUUUCAGCCACCCAUGAUAUAAAAAUUCCCUUUCAGCCGUGUUUGCAUUGCUUGCAUGGCUGUGAGCUAGGUAGUGUGGACGGAUGUGAGGUAGAAGACAAGACCCCUGCCCUGAGGGAACUGGAAAGUAACUGUUGCUCAGGAAGGAAUUGGAACACUACUCAGUGUUGCAUAAAAUCAAGGACCAUCUUUAAAGAUCGAGUGGGCAUGAUCAGGGUAGACCAGAUGGUCUGGGAAAGCUCUGGUGAUAAGGCUUGUAGGUGAGGGCGCUGUGACAGAGACUCAAGCUAAAGUACAGAGCAGAAAUGUGUGGCAAGGUCAACAGCAUCAGAGUCCUACUGGACCGCAGUCUUUGGACAGGUCUGAAGGCUAGGGAGAAUGAGAGUGUGAUGGAAGACAAAGCCAGCGUCAGCAGACACCUCUGGUCCUGGGGUCACCCAUGGAGAAUUUCUAUACUCAGGUGCAAGCCAGACCUGCUCCAGAGCAUGGCAGCCUCACCCUUUCUGUCCUGGGAACUUGUGUUGUGCUGUUCUUAGGAGCUUCGGUGUUCCAGUCACAACUGGCCUGACCCUUCCUCAGCAGGAUGGGCCACAAAACAGCAGUGUGGGAGACAGCUCUAGGAGGAGGCAUGGCCUGGCCCCAGGAGGCCUUGUUAGAAGGGAGUGAGCAGUUGAGCCUGUUGACUGGGGAAGGGAGGGAGCGAGGCGAGAGGGCAUGGAUGGGUCUUCAUCUUUCGCAGAUGGUGGGGCAGUGCUAAUGGAAGUGCAGUCUGCAGGAGGAACUCAACUUGUCUUUGGUGGUUAUGUGCCAGUCACAAACUGGGAAAGGCAGUCACUUUUAGAGACUAAAACUGCUGCAGUUUUCUAAGUUGUGGUUGGGGGUGUCGCUACUCCUAGAUGCAGCCUAUGUAACCUUCACUCGUUUAUAACUGAUCUACUGUAACCUUCCUCAAACGGGUAUGUUAUUGUAAGCUAGUGACAACUACUGCUGCAAGUUGUAGUUACUUGAAACGUGUGUCUGUGCUGGUAGUGCAGGCAUGGGGGAACAGGAGCUUGGCUGUGGAUCCACCUGUCCUGACUUGAUCGUGGUUGUGCACCAAGUGACAUACAUGUGCAUAGAAAGGUUUGGAAGUGUCUCAGCUCCUGUCUCUCCUUGUCCCACUGUCACUUGGACUAAGCCUCUGAGGCCAAGCAGGGUGUGGUGGGAUGGCUACACAUGCCCUGUGAUGCAUGUCCCCUGAGGACUAGGAAAUGGUACAGCCCUAGAAGAGCCCCAGGGAGCCACCCUUUCAGCCUUGCCUCAUGUCUCUAGGAGGGCAUGGCCUGCUUGAAGCUCCAAUCCCAUGGGAAGUAGGGACAGGAAAAGCUUCCCUGGGUAGGAGCUUCCUUCCCUUCCUUGUUGCUUUUCUCUUACCUUUGAGCCCAGGAGUGAGAGGCCAAGUCGGCGAGAUGGAAAGAGCCGUUCACAGGUCUAGAGUUUUGCGUAAGCGAGCGAGAAAGCGCCCUCAUUUGUCCAAGUCUUGUCUGCAGUUGGGGUGUUAGGAACAUCUCCACUGGCGGGGACUAGGGUUCGCUUUCCACUCUGAUGAGAGAAUGGCAUGCCCACGUGUGGAGGGGAUGAGCUCUGAGUUAGACAUUUUCCCUAUGGGAAUCCUCUUGGUUUGGUUUGUGGGGCGAGGGGAGUGGAUAUGUGGUUUUUAUUUGUAGUCAUCAACACAGCUGUCCUUACACUGAACCUGUGCUAUUGCAUACAUGUAGCCAUCUUUCUUUUCACUGCAGCAGUGUUUAUCGGUAGUUCAAAACGAUUUAUUUGCUCCUGGGGAGUAAAAACCUUUUUUAUUAAAAAAGAAAAAAGAAAAAAAAAAAGAAAGAAAGAAAAGAAAGAAAGGUGUGCCCCAUUAUGAUAGCUGUAGAAUUGUUGGGCCACAAGAGUCACGUCUGCAAGUCCCCUGUGGUCCAUCUGUUUUGGCACUGGAGCCCUCGUGCUCAGUACAGUGUGACAGGGGCCCUUCCUUGGAAACGUGGAGAACAUUUUGGGAGUGAGGUUGGGUUGAAUCACUGAGAGGGCUCUGGGGACAGAACUGCAGUUGAAAAUAGAAUACUGAUUCUGUAAUCUGCCAGAGAAAGGACCUUUCUUUACAUACAGAUUUCAUGUGUCCUUGAUCUUUCAUUGCUUCCUGGUGUCCUGGAUAGGGGUCACCUAGUUUCUUCUGGUGUCCCUCUUGUCUUUCCUGUCCUUUGUCCUGUCCCUUCCCACUUCAUCUACCUCCCAGAAAGCCCACCCUGCAUGCUGUUUGUGACAUGCUUUCACUCAUCCCAUCUUCAGAGGGUUUUAGAGGGUCCCUGGAGUCGCUCCCUGCCCCACUGACCCCUCCUCAUAGUGCCAAGAGGCAGCAAGGAGCAGACAAGCAGCCAGGCAGACAGCAACAUUGAAUCGCAGCUGGACUGUGACGGCAGCUGCUCCUGGAGACAGAUAGGGAAAACAAGGCAUUCUUCAGCCCACUUGCUGUGCUCUGUGGGCAGUGGGCUGAUGCCACCACUCCUCCAUCCCUGGUGCUCCCAAGAGGGACGGGCAAGAGCCAGGCACCGCUCUGGGCAGGCCAGACAUGAGGAUGCCUGCACAGGUGCUGCACUGGUGCUGCAUAGCACAGGCACUGACCGCUGUGCAUUCUGGUGGGUUUUCAGAAACUCCGUGCUGAGGGGUGUCAUUCUGGACUCAGUGGUUGGAGUUUUUUUCACCACCGGGGAGCUGUACCCCCAUAACCACUCUGUCCUGCUUAGCCACCCCUGCCCUCCAAGCCAAAGCGUGGCCUGGCUUUUGUCUUCCCAUUUAGUUUCCCUACUUUAUUCUCCCUUUUUUGUGCUUAAUUUAUUAAAAUAGUUGCUGUAUAAUUUAUUUUCAUAAAGUAUAAAAAAAUAACUAAAUGGUUAAAAUAGACUUGCAGGCCAAUCUUAAAUGGGGGUGGGUCUGGGGUGGGAUGGGGAGAGGGAAAGAUGUUUUGAUAUAAACAAAACAAAUGCACUUUGGGUGUGUUUUGGUAUUUUUCUGGGCAUAGAGGGGUGGGUGUUGGGAUGUCCCUGUAGAUUAGUUCCAGAGUGGGGUGUCUGUAAAUACUGUACUAAUAGGCAUGUGUGACUCUUGUAAAGGGACAUUAGUAGCUGCUGCAGGUCCUGUUUGGAAACUGUGUGUAUAAUUCCCGGUUUUUUGUAAGUGUCAGCGCGGGAGACAUUUGACUCUUGUGUUUGUAUCUCCUUUUUAUGAUUGCUGUACCGACCCAUGUCUUUUUGGGGAGGGAUGAAAAGAGAUUUGAAAUAAAAAUGUUUAGAAAUGA